GCGGCGGUGGCGGCGGCGGCGCUGGUGCGGAGCUGUGCUUCGGGACUUUCUCCACAUCUUCGGAGGGGCCGCUUCCACAGGCGAGUGGCCCGGUAGGGCAGCGCGAAGCUUCGCCGGCUCGCUACUGGAGGGAACUGAAUAGGCCUUGGUCCAACACUUUGAUUUUAAUUUUUUUUUUAUUUCUGCCCCUCCCCCUCCCCGCUGGAGCAGAGACCUAAGAGGGCCCUGAGCUGUAGAGCACCGUGCAGACAUUAGCAACUGGGUCUUCGAAGGCUCUGGAAGGUGUUGGCUUGGGGAUUGAUUCAGCACUUCAUCCUGAGCCCAUUAUGGAUUGGCUGUGAUUUUAGGGACACACAGAAAAUUUCCAAAAUGAAGGUGGAUAGGACUAAACUGAAGAAGACGCCUACUGAGGCUCCUGCAGAUUGCCGGGCUCUUAUAGACAAACUUAAGAGUUGUAAUGAUGAGCAACUCCUCUUGGAACUUCAGCAGAUCAAAACCUGGAAUAUUGGAAAGUGUGAACUAUACCAUUGGGUGGACCUGUUAGAUCGAUUCGAUGGGAUUCUGGCGGAUGCUGGACAGACUGUGGAAAACAUGGCUUGGAUGCUGAUGUGUGACAGGCCUGACAAAGAGCAUCUGAAAUUACUGCUCUUGGCAGUCUUGAACUUUACUGCCCUGCUCAUUGAGUACAGCUUUUCUCGGCAUCUGUACAGCUCCAUAGAGCAUCUGACUACAUUGCUGGCCUCCUCUGAUAUGCAAGUGGUCCUCGCGGUGCUGAAUCUCCUAUAUGUGUUCAGCAAGAGAUCCAACUAUAUUACCCGCCUGGGUUCUGACAAGAGGACUCCACUGCUGUCCCGACUGCAGCACUUGGCAGAGAGCUGGGGUGGCAAGGAAAAUGGCUUUGGCCUUGCGGAAUGUUGUCGAGACCUACACAUGUUGAAAUACCCACCCAGUGCAACUACACUACACUUUGAGUUCUAUGCAGACCCAGGGGCCGAGGUCAAAGUUGAGAAGAGGACACCCAGUAAUACACUACAUUACAUCCAUAUAGAGCAGCUGGACAAGAUUUCAGAAAGUCCUUCUGAAAUCAUGGAAUCCCUCACGAAAAUGUACAGCAUCCCAAAGGAUAAGCAGAUGCUGCUGUUUACACACAUCCGCCUAGCCCAUGGCUUUUCCAAUCAUAAGAAGAGGUUACAAGCUGUUCAAGCCAGACUCCAUGCGAUAUCUAUAUUAGUAUAUUCCAAUGCCUUACAGGAGUCUGCAAACAGUAUCCUGUAUAAUGGGUUGAUAGAGGAGUUGGUAGAUGUCCUUCAGAUAACAGAUAAACAGCUCAUGGACAUUAAGGCAGCCUCUUUGAGGACUUUGACAUCAAUUGUGCACUUAGAAAGGACCCCCAAACUUAGCAGUAUUAUUGACUGCACUGGGACUGCCUCCUACCAUGGAUUCUUACCUGUCCUUGUACGAAACUGCAUUCAAGCCAUGAUUGAUCCUUCCAUGGACCCAUACCCUCACCAGUUUGCCACUGCUCUCUUCUCCUUCUUGUACCACUUGGCCAGCUAUGAUGCUGGAGGAGAAGCCUUGGUGUCUUGUGGAAUGAUGGAGGCCUUACUUAAGGUGAUCAAGUUCCUUGGAGAUGAACAGGACCAGAUAACCUUUGUUACCCGAGCAGUCCGAGUCGUCGACCUUAUCACCAACCUUGACAUGGCAGCUUUUCAGUCGCACAGUGGGCUAUCAAUCUUCAUUUACAGAUUGGAGCAUGAAGUUGACUUGUGCCGAAAAGAGUGUCCUUUUGUGAUAAAGCCAAAGAUCCAAAGGCCCAGCACUGCCCAUGAAGGAGAAGAGAUGGAAACUGACACGGACGGAGUCCAGUGCAUUCCUCAGCGUGCCGCACUUCUCAAGUCUAUGCUGAACUUUCUUAAGAAAGCCAUCCAAGACCCAGCCUUCUCUGAUGGCAUUCGUCAUGUGAUGGAUGGCUCUUUGCCUACCUCGCUGAAACACAUCAUCAGUAAUGCCGAGUACUAUGGGCCCUCGCUCUUUCUGCUAGCUACUGAAGUGGUCACGGUGUUUGUUUUCCAAGAGCCAUCCCUCCUGUCCUCUCUGCAAGACAAUGGGCUGACUGAUGUCAUGCUGCAUGCUCUCCUUAUCAAAGAUGUUCCCGCAACCCGAGAAGUCCUUGGCUCCCUGCCCAAUGUGUUCAGUGCACUGUGCUUGAAUGCUCGUGGCCUCCAGUCAUUUGUGCAGUGUCAGCCUUUUGAACGUCUCUUCAAAGUACUGCUUUCUCCUGAUUACCUGCCGGCCAUGCGCAGGAGGAGGAGUUCAGAUCCCCUUGGCGAUACUGCUUCCAACCUGGGCAGUGCUGUGGAUGAGCUGAUGAGGCACCAGCCUACCCUGAAGACAGAUGCUACGACUGCCAUUAUCAAGUUGUUAGAAGAGAUCUGUAACCUCGGAAGGGACCCCAAAUAUAUCUGCCAGAAACCCUCCAUUCAGAAGGCAGAUGGCACGAGCACAGCUCCUCCUCAGAGAGCCAACCAUGCCGCGGAAGAGGCCUCCAGUGAGGAUGAAGAAGAGGAGGAGGUGCAGGCCAUGCAGAGCUUUAAUCCCCCUGCCCAGAGCGACACCGACUCAAACCAGCAGGUUAUUAGAACAGAAGAGCGAGUGCCCAUUCCCCUCAUGGAUUACAUCCUCAAUGUGAUGAAGUUUGUGGAAUCCAUUUUAAGCAAUAACACAACAGAUGACCACUGCCAGGAGUUUGUGAAUCAGAAGGGGCUGCUGCCUCUGGUGACUAUCCUAGGGCUCCCCAACCUGCCCGUUGACUUUCCCACAUCAGCUGCCUGUCAGGCUGUGGUAGGGGUCUGCAAGUCCAUACUGGUAAGGCCCAGCAGAAUGAGGAUAUGCCAGACAGGCAGGAAUACUCAGCUUGACUCUAUCCUCUCCUCUCCGGAACCUCUGCACUGGCCAAUCGAGGCCCCUGGGGGCUCUGUGCUUUUACGAGAGCUCGCCUGUGCUGGCAAUGUCGCAGACGCCGCGCUGUCUGCCCAGGCCGCCCCUCUACUGCAUGCUCUCACAGCUGCUCAUGCGUACAUCAUGAUGUUCGUUCACACUUGCAGGGUUGGCCAGAGCAAGAUCCGUGCCAUCUCAGUGAACCAGUGGGGUUCCCAGUUGAGUCUAAGUGUCCUAAGCAAGCUGAGCCAGUUCUACUGUUCUCUUGUCUGGGAAAGCACAGUUCUAAUCUCACUGUGUACCCCAAACAGCCUCCCAUCUGGGUGCGAGUUUGGGCAGCAGACAUGCAGAAGCCAGUCCCAAAGAGAGGAGAAGGCAGCCACUACAACAGGCACUCAUGGGACCAAGAGGGCUGAAGAAGAAAGUGAUGGGACAACAGCUACUGUGGAGGCCUCUGCCCAGGCCUUAUUGGAAGGCAUUGGACUGGAUGGUGAUACUUUGGCUCGCAUGGAGACGGAUGAGCCCAGUGCCUCAGACCCCAAGGGCAAGUCUAAGAUUACCCCUGCCAUGGCAGCUCAAAUCAAACAGAUUAAGCCUUUGCUUUCUGCCUCCUUGAGGUUAGGUCGAGCUCUUGCUGGGCUCUUUGGGCUUCUUGUUAAACUCUGUGUGGGAUCCUCUGUUCGCCAGCAGAGAAGUCACCAUGCAACCAGCACCACAACAGUGCCAACACCUGCAGCCACAACAGCUUCUGCUCUCACAAAUCUCCUCACUAAGGGCUUGUCCUGGCAGCCCCCACUAUACACACCCAUGCCCAGAUUCAGGCUGACUUUCUUCAUCUGUUCAGUCGGGUUCACCUCCCCCAUGCUGUUUGAUGAAAGGAAGUACCCAUACCACCUCAUGCUGCAAAAAUUCCUCUGCUCUGGAUGUCACAGUGCCCUUUUUGAAACUUUCAACUGGGCUCUCACCAUGGGAGGCAAAGUUCCUGUUGCUGAGGGCCUCGAAAAUGGUGAUCUGUCAGACGGCACAGGAGAGUUCCUAGACGCCUGGCUUAUGCUAGUAGAGAAGAUGGUGAACCCAACCACCGUGCUAGAGUCCCCCCACUCCCUGCCGGCCAACCUUCCUGGCAGCCAGAGCCACCCCCAGUUCAGUGCCCUGCGAUUCCUUGUGGUGACUCAGAAGGUGGCCUUCACCUGCAUUAAGAACCUGGGGAAUCGGAAGCCCCUGAAAGUGUAUGGAGGGCACAUGGCCGAGUCAAUGUUGGCCAUCCUGUGCCACAUUCUUCGUGGUGAAGCUGUCAUCUGAGAGAGACUGAGCAAGGACAAGGAAGGGGCCCAAGGAGAAGAGUCAGGGCCAGAGGAGAGUGGCUCCUGCCGUGACCCUCAAGUCAACCAGCAGCAGCUCCAGCAGCUAAGGGACAUGGGCUUCACAAGAGAGUAUGCCACGGAGGCCUUCUUGAACACCAGCACCCAGCACCAUGGAACAAGCCACAGUAUCUCCCACCCUCCUCCCCUCAUGGGAGGAGUUGUCCACAUGAGUUGGGCACAGCCUCCAGGCUUGACACCUUCUCACCCUGCUUUCUCCCUAGUUGACCUUGAUCUCAGCAUGUCAGAAGAGGACCAGACGAUGACAGCCAUUGCCAUAUCUUUGGGACAGGACAUCCUAAUGGAUCAGAGAGCAGAGGCCCCCCAAGGCCUGCUCUUCCAGGACCUCCCUGACGAACCACCAUCAGAAGAAGCUGCUUGCAGGAAGGAGGAAGAAGAGCGGAAAGCCCGGGAAAAGCAAAAAGAGGAGGAAGCCAAGUGCCUGGAGAAGUUCCAGGAUGCUGAGCCCCUGGAGCAGGAGGAGCUCCAUGGUUUCACAGACAGCAUGUUGCCAGGUUGCUUCCAUCUCCUGGAUGAGCUUCCAGACACUGUGUACUAUGUCUUGAUCAUGACUGCCAUUAAGCGCAAUGGGGCCGAUUAUCGAGACAUGAUUCUGAAGCAGGUGGUCAAUCAGGUCUGGGAAGCCGCUGAUGUUUUGAUCAAAGCAGCUCUUCCUCUGACAACCAGUGACACAAAAACUGUUUCUGAAUGGAUCAGUCAGAUGGUCACCCUUCCUCAGGCCUCAAACUUGGCUACUAGGAUCUUGUUGCUGACCUUGCUGUUUGAGGAAUUGAAACUCCCAUGUGCUCGGGUGGUUGAAUCCAGUGGCAUCCUCAAUGUCCUCAUCAAACUUCUGGAAGUGGUCCAGCCGUGCCUUCAAGCUGCCAAAGAGCAGAAGGAGGUCCACACCCCAAAAUGGAUUACCCCAGUGCUGCUCCUGAUUGACUUCUAUGAGAAGACAGCCAUCUCCUCCAAGAGGAGAGCCCAGAUGAACAAGUACCUCCAGGCUAACAGCAACAAUUGGCGCUGGUUUGAUGACCGGUCUGGGCGCUGGUGCAGCUAUAGCGCGAGCAACAACAGCACCAUUGAUGCUGCCUGGAAAGCUGGUGAGACAAGUGUCCGCUUCACAGCUGGCCGGCGGCGGUACACCGUGCAAUUCACCACAAUGGUGCAGGUCAACGAAGAAACUGGCAACCGGCGCCCCGUGAUGCUGACACUCCUGCGAGUGCCACGGCUUAGCAAAAAUCUCAAAGAUGGCAAUGAGCAGGAGCUGGACAAGACCCUGGAUGAAGCCAAAGAAGUUGAUGCGAAGCCAGCUGAGGAGAAAGCCUCCAGUGAAUGCCCCUUGGCUCCUGAGAGUCCAACCCUUGAGAAGGAGCUUGUUGCUGAGGAGGCCCAGCUGGGGGAGAUCCUGAUCCAAGGCCUCACGGAGGAGAUGGUGACAGUUCUGAUCAGGGCCUGCGUGAGCAUGCUGGGUGUUCCAGUGGACCCAGACACACUGCAUGCCACUUUGCGCCUCUGCCUGCGGCUUACCCGAGACCACAAGUACGCCCUGAUGUUCGCUGAGCUAAAGAGCACACGCAUGAUCCUGAACUUGACCCAGAGCUCUGGCUUCAAUGGAUUUACCCCCCUGGUUACUCUGCUCUUGAGGCACAUCAUUGAGGAUCCAUGUACCCUGCAGCAUACCAUGGAAAAGGUCGUGCGGUCUGCAGCUACAAGUGGGGCAGGAAGCACCACCUCUGGGGUGGUAUCGGGCAGCCUGGGCUCCCGGGAGAUCAACUAUAUCCUCCGUGUGCUUGGGCCAGCUGCAUGCCGUAAUCCAGACAUCUUCACUGAGGUGGCGAAUGGCUGUAUCCGCAUUGCUCUUCCAGCCCCUCGAGGUUCAGGGACCGCAUCAGAUGAUGAAUUUGAGAAUUUGAGAAUCAAAGGUCCCAAUGCUGUGCAGUUGGUGAAGACAACUCCAGUCAAGCCCUCUCCUCUGCCUCUCAUUCCGGACACCAUCAAGGAGGUGAUUUAUGACAUGCUUAAUGCCCUGGCUGCCUACCAUGCUCCAGAGGAAGCAGAAAAAUCAGACCCCAAACCUGGGGUGAUGACUCAGGAGGUUAGCCAGAUCCUGCAAGACAUGGGGGAUGAAGUAUACCAACAGUAUCGAUCUCUGACACGCCAGGGCAGUGACUUUGAUGCUCAGACUGGCUUCGCCAUUAAUGCUCAAGUCUUUGCCACCGAUGGUGCAUCCACUGAGACACCUCAGUCAGGGACCCCACAAGGAGGAGCAACUUCUACUCCAGAGGAGUCUCGGGAAGGGAAGAAAGACAAGGAAGGGGAAAGAGUCUCUGAAGAAGGCAAACAGAAAGCCAAAGGCAGCAAACCUUUGAUGCCACCCUCCACCAUCCUUAGGCUGCUGGCUGAGUUGGUGAGGUCCUAUGUUGGUAUCACCACUCUGAUUGCCAACUAUGACUAUGCUGUGGGCCAGUCAGAGCUUAUCAAAGAGGACUGCAGUGUGUUGGCAUUUGUCCUGGACCACCUUCUGCCACACACCCAGAAUGCUGAGGACAAAGACACUCUAGCACUAGCCCUCCUCUUUCUAGCCAGCCUGGCUGCAGCAGGCAGUGGCACAGAUGCCCAGGUGGCCCUGGUGAAUGAAGUCGAGGCCGCUCUGAGCCGAGCAUUGGCAAUGGCUGAGAGCACAGAGAAACAUUCCAGGCUCCAGGCAGCCAUGUGCAUCAUAAGCACCAUCAUGGAGUCAUGCCCCUCCACCUCUAGCUUCUAUAGUAGCACCACAGCCAACACCCAGGACAAUGGCAUGAAUAACAUCAUGAAUGACUUGGCACGAGUGCCCCACAGCCUCGACCUCUCCAGACCAAACAUGGCCAACACUGUCAAUGCUGCCCUGAAGCCUUUUGAGACACUGUCUCGGAUUGUGAACCAACCCAGCAGCCUCUUUGGUAGCAAGAGUGCUUCCAGAAAGAGCAAAUCUGAGCAGGAUGCUCAAGGAGCAUCUCAAGGCGCCAACAGCAUCACACAGGACCCAGGGGAGAUGGGGGAGACAGAAGUGCAGGAGAAGGCCCACAAUGCCACUCAAACAGAGGUUGCAGAUGGCGAUAUCAUGGAUGGAGAAGCCGAGAAUGACACUGUAGUGAUUGCUGGGCAGCCACAGGUGCUCAGUACUCAGGAGAUGCAGGUCGAGAACAAGCUUGAAGACUUAAUAGAUGAAUUGCUGGAGAGAGAUGGCGGAUCUGGGAACAGCACAAUCCUAGGGAAGUGCUUGGGCAGAAGUGAAAAGGACGAGUCACGAGAGGAUGUGCUGAUGGAUGAAGCUCCUUCCAACCUCAUCCAGGCUUCCACCUUGCAGGCCAACUGAGAAGAUUCAAUGAAUUUCUUGGAUGCUGAGGAUGAGGAGGAGCACACCCAAGAGGGGGACAGCAGCGGAAGUAAUGAGGAUGAGGAUGAGAGUCAGGAUGAGGAGGAAGACGAGGAAGAUGAUCAGGACAAUGAGGAAGGAGAAGAGGGAGACGAAGAUGACUAUGAUGAUGGCUCAGAGAUGGAGUUGGAUGAGGAUUACCCUGACAUGAACGCAUCUCCCUUGGUUUGCUUUGAGCUCUUCGAUCGAGAGGAUGACCUCUUCAUUGAAUUUGACAACAGUGCUACAGAUAUCCCUCCAUCCCCUGGGAACAUCCCCACUACGCAUCCAUGAGUGGUACGGUAUGCUCACAGCUCCCUCACCCUGGGCAGUGGUUCCUCCACCACCCGCCUCACCCAGGGCAUAGGCCGAAGCCAAAGGACACUGAGGCAGCUGACAAACAACACAGGGCACUCGAUCCAUGUGCACUACCCUGGCAAUCGACAGCCCAGCCCUCCCCUCAUACUGCAGAGGGGAGUUGAAUUACUGGGUCCUUCUGCCGCAGCCGAUAUCCUUCAGCUAGGCAGCAGCCUGUCACUCCAGAGUCGUGGCCGAGCCCACCUGCUGGUGGGCAAUGAUGACGUGCACAUCGUUGCCCAGUCUGAUGACGAGCUGCUUGAUGACUUCUUCCCUGACCAGAGCACAGCUACCAGCCAGGCUGGGACCCUCUCAAGCAUCCCCACAGCCCUGACUCUCUGGACAGAGGAACGCAAUGUGCUUGAUGCUGAGAGCAUGCAUGGCUGUGUGUCUGUGGUGAAAGUGCCCAUCCUCAAUCACCUGGAGUCCCUUAGGGAUGAGGAACUGGAGGAGAGUCUAGAGAACCGCCGGCAGCAGCUGGCCAACAGAGAGUCCAAGGGGAAAGAAGAGAAGGAGAAUAAGUAACAAAACACCCAGGACACCACAUCCAAAACGGAUACUUCUGGCCAACAGAAUGUCUCAGAUCAGACUCCUGGAUCUGACAGCUACCCAAUGACCCCAUCUCCAGCUGAAGGCACUUCAGCCAGGCCCAAACAGCCGCUUGUCACUCUGGAAACCUCUCAACAACCACCUCCAGCAACCACCAGAAACCUUGACCAGGAGCUGCCGGCCCAGCUCCAGCCCCAGGCUGCCACCCAGCCUCUGAUGCCGGCAGAGCAUGAAGACUUUGGCGCUGGGCGAGCCAGUGGGGAAACAGAAGCCACACAAAUGGAGUUCUCCCCAGCCCCACAAUAAGGAAGAAACAGGACCAGAGAGAAGGAAAGGGGCUUUGCCCCAAAUCCUGGGCCAAAUUUGAAUCAAGACCCUGGGACUAAAGCCAGCUACCUUGAGGGA